AUGGCCCUUCUGGGCCACCAUGGCGGCUCUGACGUUGAUGAGGUCAUUGAAAAAGUUCUUAAUUCGGACGACGUAGAUGAAGGAGUUGAAAAUGAAGAUAAAGAAGAAAAAGAUGAUGUUGAAGAUAACAUUGAUUCGUGGUUGGAGAGUUUUUCGGCACCGCAAGCGUUCAAUACAAAGCUUUUUAGGGAUCUCGCAAAAGAGGUUUUGAAGCCCAUCGUGCAGCAAUGCUCAGUUWGCUGCAGUCAUGGCGAGUUGCAGCCUUCUGAGCGUUCCAGAGCUGCACAAUAUCUCUGCACUGCAACACUCAAUGCUAAUUCGAUACUGUACAGUGAAGCUUUGCUAUGRCUGAAGAGAAUUUUUACUAGGCUUGGAGGCAGGGUUGAAUUCAAACAACCAUACCAUGGGAAAACAUCUCGCAGCAUUCCUUAUGAUGUGUUCAAAGUAGCAAGACGUGUGGUAUCAGAAAACAGAGAUGGUAGCUUCUAUGAACCUAGAUGUUAUAUCAAGCACAACAAUAAAGCUGAAAUAAUCUGUUUCACCUCUUUGUACUCUUUCAAGAAAUUUAUGUCUGUAAUUUCUGGAUUAAGUAUUAAAGAUGUACARCAAUACCUAUGCCGAGAGCUAAGUUCCAAAGGUAGAGAACACCAUGUUGUUAAACUUCUGGUGGAAGAAGAAAAACAGCUUGCACUAACAUACUGGAUAAAGAAAGGGCAACUUGACAUCACCUUUGAAUAUGGUUAAUGGAACACAAUGAACUACCCAAUGCACAACUGUAAUUUCGAUCCCGACUCUUUUUUGUAAUGAUGGUCUCAGUGUACAAGUGCCACACAGUUUACAAUCAACUUUGUUUAUAGAGGGUAGCACAUAACAGCUAUUUAGCUGACAAACCUGUGGCCUUGCCCUCAACGUCUAUAGAGUUGAAAGGGACGGGACCGCCAUUACUAGUGAAGCAGCGACGUGAAGGUCUAACGAUUUACAGAUGUUAUUACAAAGGCACCACUUUCUCCUCAGUUAUCUUAAGUCUUAAGUUACCCUGAGUGUUGGUCUGGCCGGGAUUUGAAUCCAAGACCUCCCGCACGGAAGUCCGGUGCUCAACCAACUGAGCCAACCUGGUGGCGGUAUAUUAUGAGUGUGGUUAGUAUUUGAAAUGUCUGAAUAACACAUGUUAAAUCAGGCAACAGCAAACUGCUACAUGAUCUCCCUAAUUACCAUUUCUGUUUUCUGAUACUAUGCCUGGAAAAGACCACAUGUGAACUAUGGGAUGCAAGCAGUCRACAACCUCACAACAUUUCCCUCAAAAAGCUCGCGAUUCAAUUCUUCCAGCAGGUAUGAACCAGCUAUAAACGUUACAGUAUGUCGA